AUGCAUGAAAUUUCAGACUCAAAUGUGGAACAACCGAUGGAGGUCCUGACUCCGAAUCCGGAUCCACGAGCACCCCAAAACAUGCAGCCUUCAGAGACUGUCUUACCACUGGCAGUGGUGGAACACUUGACAAACACUCCAGUUGGAUGGUUUGAUCUCCUUGCCACAAAUGAAUGGGUGGACGUGUUAGACACCAGGUUGCAUUCGGUGGAGGAAACACUAGAUUGGAGGUUGACCGUGCUGGAGAAACGGUUGAGUACUUCGAAUCUGCAAUGGAAAGCGACAUCAUCAUCUCUGGGCAAUUUGUCAAUGGCCCUUCAGAAGCACAGAGACAAUCAGAUUAUACACCGCCAUCGGGAGAGCAUUUUUGGAGAUGGAUCAUCGCAGCAACGAAAUGUUGGCCUAGUUGAUGAAGAGGGUGUCUCACACAUUGGGAGACAACCCGGUCAUGUCAGCACAAGAAGGCUGGAUAAUAAUGCCAGGAGUGCCCCACCAGGCACAUCUGGUGAAUAG